AUGUCUACUACCCAGAGUUUGCUAAGCUCGAUACUGUCCGGAGUGCGCAGUGUGUCUCCUGACACGCACCGGCAGACGAUUGUCGCGAUUAACAGAUUUCAAGACGAUCCGGCCCUGCUGGACUCCAUAGUGGCCAACUGUGUGCCCCCUUUGGUCGAUUCGUUCUUCCACGUGUCCCUGCAAGAUCAGCGGCUCGCCGCAGAACUGUUCUACAAUCUUGACAAAAUCUCCCACUCAAUGGUCCUUAAAUCACUAGAUACAAAUAUUUUUAGAUUAGACGACAUCGUACACUAUUUACACAACCAAGCCCCGCCCUCUUCCUUCGCCGACGUCUUGUGCAUCUAUCUAAACCUGUCUUGGCUCAGCGUCAUUCUGCUCUCCCCUUACACUUUCAAAGACAGGUUCGACGAAACUCUUCGAGCAUCAGCUCGGUUCGACACCUACCCGAUCUGCGUCCCUCCGAUCUGUAAGAUCAAGGCCAUUCUAUACUUCAAGAACUACACGCAUGGCUUCGACCAGAUCCCAGAACCGGAUCGCUCAAACGUCCCUCUGCUCAACCAGUUUCUGAAACUGUUCGUUCGCUCGCAGAACGCAAGAACUUACUUCUCGGAGGAGAACCUGCUGCAUCUACUGCACCUUGCCUUGUCCGCCCAGGCAAUCAAGCUCUUACCGAAACUGUUCCGGGUUUCGUACGACCACGCAUCCCACAAUGUCCUCGAUGCCAUAGUGGAAUUUUUCCAAGAACAUCUGGAUUCGAGUUCCACGGAUACGCGCUUCCAGUUGUCGCACUCCUUUGCCAAGAUCAUCAAGUUCCUCCACCAGGUGGACCCAUCCACGUCCCUCGAACUCAGCGGGUACACCAUCGAAAACACCGUUUCCAUGCUACACGAGCCUUUGGACUCCAUCGACAGCAACGAGCUACACACCUCUCUCUUGGUUAUUGCCGAAUUGGCCCUGGCCAAAACCCUCCCCACAGAACUGAUCAAUCAGGUCCUGACCCAGAUCAUCCCCACGACCUGCCAUUUCCAGCAAUCUCAAUUCCAGAUCAUCAAGGGUCACCACAUUAGAGACUCAACAAAUUUCAUCAUCUGGUCUAUAAUACGAUCAAAUAAUAACAACUUGGCACCUCAGAUACUGAAAUCCCUACUGUCUCACCUACUGAUAAAUGCCUUUUUCGAUCCAGAACUCAUCAUUAGAUACUCGAGUUUCGCUGCUCUCCAAGAACUAUUGGGCAGGUCCAACAAAUCUCUGGCGCUGGACCAAACUGAUAUAGCCUCUAUACUGCAGGCAAACUGGAAAGACUUGCCAAGCUCGUUUGAAGACAACUCAGACUUGAUCCGUAAACUGUUCCAUCCUGGGAGCACCGCCAACACGUCUGUCUGCGUGUGGGACGUUUUCGUUCAUUGGUCCUUCAAUUGGAAUUUACUCGAUAAUCUACAUUUGACCACGAUGAAACUUAACAUAGAUCACAAUUUACUUCCCUUGAUCAAAUCGCAAUUUGACCCGCCUCAUUUACUGCACUCCAUCUUAAACAGACCGGGAAACUCGCUCAUACAAAACUGUCAAAUAUUAUACUUACAUUUGAAACUAUUUGAAAAUGGAGUAAACCACACCACGACAAGGCAGCUUUGUAUAGACAUUUUCCGAAAUAAGAUCAGUUCACAUUUCACUUUCCAGGGGAAACUGAAGAAAAAGCACUACAAUGAUAACUCGCCUGAACCUUUUGAAAUGUUUGUCAUUCUCAAGUACUGGCAAUUGAUGGGGCAACGUGAUUUCGACCAGGAUUUGUUUUGGAGAUUCGUCACCAUAAUAGCGCCACAGAAAAAACUAACCUUAUACAAUGAAUUCAUCCCUACUACGCAACAAAUUAUAUCCCAGUGCGUCGGUCUGAAUUAUAAUACAGCAGUUCAAUGCAUUAAGUCAGGUAACGAAUUGGCUUGCCACUCAAUAUGCCAUUUGCCUGAUCAAGAAAAAUUUUGCUCUCUUUUCUUUUCUCUGUUUCCUACGUUGACAUCACAGUCCAAAUCGAUCCUGAUAGAUGAACUUGAAAACCAUUGGGAGAAUAAAAUAAGUGCUAUACCGCCAAAUUCUUACCAAAAGUUUUUUGACAUCAUUAUAAACUGUCUGGAUGACUAUACAAUAACUCAGCAAGGUGAUGUAGGACGUCUGGUAAGAAUACAAGCGCUAAAACUUAUACAAGCACAUUUUGAUUUGUUCUCUGGUAACGGCGACAUCUUAAAGGCAAAAUUAACAAGAUUAGUGGCAGAGCCUGCCCUAGAGAUCAAAAAAUUAAGUUUCCAGUUACUCGCUCCAACUACCUCGCAAAAUACCGAAAUAUCUGACUCUUUGAUACUCAAUUUUCAACAUGGACAAGGUCAAACUAAAGAAUUCUGGAAAGGCUACAUGAUAAGCGCGGGUGCAAUAAAUUUUGCCGACUCUCAGCUGACUUCAUCUAUCGAUUCAUUUAUUGUGUAUUUUAGGUCUUUAACCGCUUCUCAACAACUUGAGCUUUGUAAUGAUCUGAUCAGAAUAAUCCCAACUGCUAAACAAGUGGGCGAGUCCAAAAAACAUGAUUUCAAACAAGAUCCUUUAACGGGCGGCAUGCGAUUUGAUACCGUAAAGUUCGCCAUCAAUUGUUUAAAAUUCUGGACAAGGAUCAUGGAGUCUGGGUUAGUUAUUUUACACCAGGAUUUCAAUUUUCAAGGCGUCUUCGCUAAAUUAUAUAAUCUACACCUACUAGAUUAUGUGACAUUAAGAGUUAACGUGGUUAGAUUCUUCCCCUUUUUGGCGAUCUCUUAUCACCACACAAUGAAAGAAACGACUGAAAAAAUCACACUUGAUCUUGUCAAUUCCAUUUUAAAAAGGCUCUUGGUUAUUGUGAAGCGUGAAUAUAUGGCAACAAAAUCAAGAUUCAUGGCAGAUCAAAAUAUUGCUUUACAAGGUAUAUUCCAAAUACUACUGGAAUUGGAUGCCAUGAGGCAACUUGAAACUUUACAGAUGGCUUGUAGAAAUGCAAACUUUACGAAUAUUUUAGAGUCUGAUAUUACUUUAUAG